AUGGCGGGACACGGUCGACCAUGCGGUCGAGCUCCAGUUGAAGAGGAAGAAGAAGCUCUGCUCGGCAUUCGCAACGAUGAACAGCAAAUGAGGCCCAAGUCCUUGCACAAGCGGUGGACAGUGCUCUGCAUGGUGGCCUUGAUGGGCGGUGUUGCCUUUGCAACCGUGUACCUGGUAUUUGGGUAUGGAACCUGUCGUUCUACUUCUCCUACCAAGGAAAACCAUCCUGAUAGGAAUCUGGCUGUUUCUAGCUCGAGAAAGGUCCCCCGCCAACCAAAGAUGUGCGACACUGUCAGCAGUGGUUACGAGUGUUUCGCCGAUAUUUCCCAGCGCUGGGGCGCCUAUUCGCCUUAUUUCUCGGUCGAGGGAGGUGUCUCCGGUGAUGUGCCCACCGGCUGCGAAGUCACCUUUGUUCAAGUUCUGUCCCGUCACGGUGCGCGGUACCCCACUGCGUCCAAGAGCAAAAAAUACUCCGAGUUGAUCGCGGAUAUUCAAGCCAAUGCGACGGACUUCAAGGACACCACUGCUUUCUUGAAGACAUACAACUACACCCUGGGCAGCGAUGAUCUGACCACUUUCGGCGAGCGUCAGAUGGUUGAUUCGGGCAUCAAGUUCUACAACCGUUAUGAAUCUUUGACCCGGGAUACUAUCCCAUUCGUCCGAUCCUCAGGGUCCUCGCGCGUGGUCGAAUCAGGCAAGAAGUUUAUCCAGGGCUUCCAGCAAACCAAGAACACCGACCGAAAGGCGGACCGUGACCAAAGCCCUCCGACGAUCAACGUGGUCAUCUCCGAAGACGCGGGCUCUAAUAAUACCUUGAACCACAACACCUGUACAGUCUUCGAGGCUAGCACUCUCGGCGAUGAUGUCGAUGCCAGCUAUGAGGCCAGAUUCGUGCCUCCGAUUGCCCAUCGCCUCGAAAACGAUAUGCCAGGUGUGACUCUCUCCAACGACGAUGUCACCUACCUGAUGGACAUGUGCUCCUUCGACACCAUCGGGAUGUCGGAUGAUGGAAGCGUCAUCUCUCCCUUCUGCGAGAUGUUCACCCUGCGCGAAUGGAACCACUACAACUACCUCCAGUCCCUUGACAAGUACUACGGCUACGGCGCAGGUAACCCCCUCGGUCCAACCCAAGGUGUGGGUUUCGUCAACGAGCUCAUCGCAAGAAUGACACACACCCCUGUCCACGAUGACACCACCACAAACCACACUCUCGACUCCAACCCAACAACCUUCCCAGUGAACAGAACCCUCUACGCGGAUUUCACCCACGACAAUGGCCUCAUCCCAAUCUUCUUCGCAAUGGGCCUGUACAACGGCACCGCAACCCUCUCAACCAAGCAUAUCCAAUCUGAAUCUGCCGCAGACGGAUACUCCGCCUCAAAGACCGUUCCCUUCGCUGCUCGCGCCUACAUCGAGAUGAUGCAGUGUUCCAAAGACACGGACUCCGAUCCUUUCGUGCGGGUCCUCGUCAACGACCGCGUCGUCCCGCUGCACGGCUGCAACGUCGACAAGUACGGCCGAUGCCGCCGAAAGGAUUGGAUCAAUGGGUUGAGCUUUGCGAAGGAUGGAGGUGACUGGUCUAGUUGCUACACAUAG